GAAGGCAUUGGUAGUUGUCAGCACGGAUUGGUUUGUCAUGGACCAACCAAAUUACUAACCCAGCUAAAUGCAAAAAACCGAAAUUGCAGUUUGAUUUUGACUGUCCUGAAACAGACUUGUUUGGUUGCAAAUGGCUCCGUCUUCGAGAUAUUGGCGGUCGUGGGGAAACAUGAUCUCUGCUGCUCAACAAGCCUGCGCUAACGUUAGCUUGUAUGCUAAAAUAAUGACUCACAAACAAAGAGACGGUUCAUAAUGACACCAUCCACCCGACAGUAAAUGUUACCCGGCUUGUGAACGCCAGCUGUAAUAAAUGUGCAACUAAAAUACAUGGUUUUCGUCCUGUUCCAAAUAACGACCUUCCAUUUUGCGCUUUCUAGGAUUUACCAUGCUUUAUAGCUAGCUCUGACGCUACCACCGUUAGCCCACCUGGGUAACCCUGACAAAAUAUUCUGUUAAAAGUGCAACGAGUAAUCAAGCUGCAAACUCUUCCGUGGGAGGACUGACGGCAACAAGCCAUGGAGCAGUACACCACUGCCACCACUACUACUGGGGAGCAGAUAGUUGUGCAGACUGCCAAUGGACAGAUCCAACAGCAGACACAAGGCACAGUGACGGCUGUGCAACUGCAAACAGAUGCGCCAGUGGUGACGGCCUCAGGCCAGCAGGUGCAGACACUCCAGGUAGUCCAAGGACAGCCCUUGAUGGUUCAGGUGAGCGGUGGACAGCUCAUCACAUCUUCAGGGCAACCAAUCAUGGUCCAGGCCAUGUCAGGGGGUCAAGGUCAAACCAUAAUGCAGGUGCCUGUAUCUGGAGCUCAAGGACUGCAGCAGAUCCAGUUGGUGCAACCAGGUCAGAUACAGUUACAAGGUGGCCAAACUCUCCAGCUCCAGGGCCAGCAGGGCCAACCACAGCAAAUCAUCAUCCAGCAGCCACAGACGGCCAUCACUGCUGGACAAAACCAGGGGCAGCAGAUCAGUGUGCAGGGCCAACAGGUGGCACAGACAGCUGAUGGACAGACCAUCGUCUACCAGCCUGUUAACGCAGAUGGUUCUGUCCUGCAGCAGGGAAUGAUCACUAUUCCAGCUGCCAGCUUGGCAGGUGCCCAGAUUGUACAAGCAGGGGGUACUAACACCAACACCACCAAUAGCGGCCAAGGCACUGUGACCGUCACCCUGCCCGUCUCCGGCAACAUGGUCAAUGCAGGUGGAAUGGUCAUGGUAAGACCCUGUGCAGAGAUGGUGCCAGGCGGUGGUGGAGUUCCCACCAUGCAGCGUAUCCCCCUGCCAGGAGCUGAAAUGCUCGAGGAGGAGCCUUUGUAUGUCAACGCCAAACAGUACCAUCGCAUUCUGAAGCGAAGACAGGCCCGGGCCAAGCUGGAGGCCGAGGGCAAGAUCCCCAAAGAAAGAAGGAAAUACCUACAUGAGUCUCGCCACCGUCAUGCUAUGCAGCGCAAACGAGGAGAUGGGGGACGUUUUUUCUCCCCUAAGGACAAAGAGGAAGCAGCUCUGGCCUUGUCACAGCAGCAGGACAUAGGCCAGUCAACACCGGACGAGACAGUGACUCAGAUGAUCCGAGUCUCGUAGCACUGUCGUCAGCAGUCUGAACUCUACCCUGCCUGAGACUCUUCAUCCCAGCUAACCAUCCGAAACACCUUCUCAUUUUACCUGUCCUGCUCCGGUACACCAAACAGUGCUUUCACUGGGGGUUCUCUGUCAUCUCUCAACUCCUUCACUGGUCUUCCAGGAAACUGGCUAUGUGGCUGCUGAGCCAGAGGACUUCUCUGUUCCUCACUCAUACAGGAUACUAUAAUGCUCUUAUAAUGAUCUUAUCUGGUUGAGCACUUCAAGCCAGCUUUUCAUUUUCAUACUUGAUUGGACAAUAAUGAAACAUGGAUUUGUUGGUCACCAGUCAUGCAGAGGAAGUGACAGCCAUGACUCCAUACUCUGUCAGACCCAAGUCUGUUAGAUACAUAUGAUUUUUUUCUCCAGUUGAAACUUUUUGCUUUAAAUCUUUUUGUAAAUGGUACCAUUAUUUUCUUUUUUGAAGGAACAUUUAAGUGUUUACGAUACACCGCUUUUCUGUAGCUUUACAUGAUGCCCCUUAUAUUGAAAUGUAAUGACUAUUGUGUGGUUGGACUCAUUUGAAAAGCCAACCUCUAUUCAAUGAGAAAAAACUAGGAUGUGAUAUUGAUAAAAAUCUUGUACAAAAAGUCUUUUUUUUUCCCUAAGUGUGUGGAUAUGCAUACUAUUGCUGUUGAUGCAUUUUAUACAGUUUAUAGUUAGUGUUGUUACAGGGAAAAUAGUUAAUUGUUACAUCAGAUUAAACUAUCCAUGCAGUUAAAUUUUCAUCAGCAAGUCCACUGAUUCUUUUUUUUUCACUGUAGAUACUUUUUUUUU